AUGUCUCGUCUUGAAGCUAAAAAACCUCCGUUAUUUAGUAGUGAACCUUUAACUAAAGAUACAGUUAUUCAGUCACUCUCCCUGCUGAGCAGAGUAUUAAAAUCUUGCUAUGGUCCUGCUGGUAGACUCAAACAGCUCCACAAUGGUGUGGGAGGCUACGUUUGUACAACUUCACAAUCUUCAGCCAUACUCAGUCGUCUUUCUGUCAGUCAUCCUGUGUUAAGUGUUUUGAUGGCCUCUGUACAGAACCAUGUAUCUCGCUUCAGUGACUGUGGCUUAUUUACUGCCAUUCUUUGCUGUAGCUUGAUUGAAAACUUCAAAAGCCUAAAUAUUGCAUCUUGCACUGUCAUUAAAAUAAGCAAACAUCUUCUGAGUUUAUGUAUGGACUACCUCAAAUCUGAGGCAUGUGGUUGCCGAGUAUCUGUGGAUUUUAGCAGUGUGGAGACUCUUCUUUGUUUGGUACGUAGUGUAUUAAGAAGCAAACCUGCUUGCAUGCUUAAUAAAACAGAAGUUGAUCAUCUUGCCAUGCUGAUUUUAAAGGCUUUUAUAUUUGCUGUUCCAUGUCAUGUUGAGACUAAUGCUGUUUUAGGAAAGUGUGUAAUAGUACCUGUGAAAGGUAGAAGAGUUGUGGAUUCUACAGUUCUUCCUGGACUACUGAUAGAAACACCAGAAAUUCAAUUGGCAAAACCACUUACUGUCAAAAGGACUUGUUCAAACAUGAUCAAGAUAGCACUUUUCUGUGUGUCCAUGUCAGGAGACACUUUCAGCCCUGAAGAAGGAACUAUAACAGUCCAUCAUGGAAUUUCUCUAGAAAUGUCAGAGCUGAAUCAGUUGCUUAAUGUAGGAAAGCAGCUGGUUAAUGAUGGGGUUGGCCUUGUAGUGUGUCAGAAAGUUAUCCAUCCAUCUUUGAAACAAUAUCUGAAAGAGAACAAUGUCAUCGCUGUGGACAGAGCUGGGCUAUCUCUGGUGGAACCUCUGAGUCGGAUGACAGGUUCAAAGCCUAUAGCUUCCAUACGUUUGUUGUCUGCUAGUUCUUACGGCAGUUUGAAAGAUGUGUGUAUUGAGAGUUUUGCUUCAAAACAUUUUGUGCAUCUAAUUCCUGACAACACAGUUGUCUGCAGCUUGAUACUCUGUAACAGAAAUGAAACAGCAUGGGAUGAACUGAAGUGUGCCUGUGAAACUGCAGAACAUGUGUUACAGUUAACGAUCAAGGAACCUUUGGCGUUAUUAGGAGGUGGCUGUACAGAAACUCACCUGGCUUCGUAUAUAAGACACAAGACUUGUAGUCUGUCCACCAGCAGUUUUAAAGAUAUAGAUUGUUCUCAGACACAAUACCAGUUGGUUGCUGAUGGUUUUUGCUGUUCCCUGGAGUCUGUAGCUUGCUCUCUGAAUCAUGAUGAUGGAGAAAUUCUUACAGACAUGGUUUAUGGACACUGUUGGUUUGUUCCACCAGGUUUUCCCUCUGUCUCUAAUUGGUCAGAUUUAGUUUCAAAAUGUGGCUGUGGGAUUAAUAAUAACACUGAGAAUCUCAACUGGAGGCUUUUGCAAGGCCAAUUUGGCUCCCCUAUUACACAGGGCUGCCCUAAAGAGCCCUCAGUAAAGGUUGCUGACUUUCUGACAUUGGACUGUUUUGCUGCAAAGUGUAGUGGCCUACAAGUAGCUCUGGAGACAGCCAAUCUGAUUUUGGAUCUCUCAUAUGUAAUUGAAGAUCAAAAUUAG